AUGUCGAACCCUGAAGACUAUACGGUUGGAUGGAUCUGCGCUAUAGCUACCGAGUAUGUUGCUGCGCGGGCCUUUCUCGAUGAGAAACACGAUGGACCGGAAUACGUUUCUCUGAAUGAUAAUAACGAUUACACACUGGGCCGGGUUGGAAAGCACAACGUUGUUAUUGCUGUAUUGCCCGACGGCGAGUACGGCACAGCUUCUGCAGCAAUUACUGCAAGGGAUAUGCUGCAUAGUUUCCCUAAUGUCAGAAUCGGUCUCAUGGUUGGCAUUGGCGGCGGCGCGCCAAGCAGAAAGCAUGAUAUUCGUCUUGGAGAUAUUGUUGUUAGUUCUCCCCGCAAUAGGGAGAGCGGCGUAUUCCAAUACGACUUUGGUAAAACGAUACAGGACCAAAGCUUUCAACAUACCAGAUUCCUCAACCAGCCACCAAUAGUUUUGCGAACAGCGAUAAACGGAUUAAAAACUGAAUACAAGGAAGACGGCCAUCAACUUGAUGAAGCUAUAACUAGUCUUCUUGAAAAUAAGCCAAGAUUGCAAAAAGAGUUUAAGCGGCCCGACGCAAGUAGCGACAGGCUUUAUAAAAGCGACGUUAUCCACGUGCACUCAGCGGAUGAAAUAGGCUGUGCAGCUGUUUGCGGAAAUGAGCCAUUGAACUUUGUACCCCGGACUGAACGGGUAGAAAGCGAUGAUAAUCCUGCUAUUCAUUACGGCACAAUUGCUUCAGCAGAUCAGUUAAUGAAGGAUGCAAUAAUAAGAGACAGACUCGCAGCGGAGAAGAAUGUUUUAUGCUUUGAAAUGGAAGCGGCAGGGUUGAUGAAUCACUUUCCCUGUCUAGUCAUCCGUGGUAUUUGCGACUACUCAGACUCACACAAGAAUAAGGAUUGGCAAGGAUAUGCGGCUAUGACGGCAGCUGCAUAUGCAAAAGCUCUUCUUUAUCGAAUAGCUCCAAAUAAGGUCGAAGCUGAAAAGAAGAUCAGCGUUCUGUCCGGUCUUUAUGAAGUUGCUCGAGAGCACCGGGAUAUUGCAAAAGAACAACUUAGAUCCCAGAAAGCUUUAGCCGAAGAAAGGCUAUCUGAAAAAGAGCAAAAAUGUCACCAACUAUUCCGUCUCACAGCCAGUGGCAAGGAUGACGCCACAUAUGAGUGGUACAAGGGCCGAGUGGAAGAAAGGGUUGAAGGCACAUGCCUUUGGUUUCUCAAGCACGAGUACUUCCAAACGUGGUUGAAACAGGAGUCAGGUCCACUGCUAGUUACAGCAGAUCCUGGUUGUGGAAAGUCGGUGUUGGCAAAGUACUUGAUCGACCACGAGCUGCCACAGCAAGGAUCAAAAAUCAUCUGCUACUUCUUCUUCAAAGAUCAAGACCAGAAUACUUCCCGUCAAGCACUAUGCGCACUGCUCCACCAGCUCUUCUCCCAGAAGCCCCAUUUAAUUAAGCACGCUAUGCCGCAGUUUUAUAAAAAUGGGCAAAAUUUAAUUAACUCUACAGACUCGCUCUGGAAGAUUAUACAGGGCGCCAUAAAAGAUCCUGAGGCUGGACCUAUAAUUAUAGUCCUUGAUGCCUUAGAUGAGUGCGCUGAAUCCGAGUUCGAAGACUUGAUGCGGAAUAUAAAGAGUCAAUUCCAUAGCGACUCUUUAAGUCCUGGGAAGUUGAAAUAUCUUUUAUUAUGCCGCCCCUACGAGCAGAUUAUAUGCAACUUCCGCAGCCUGUUAGAUGCCUUUCCAAAAAUCCAUAUACCAGGAGAGGAACAGUCUGAGACAAUCAGCCAUGAGGUGAAUUCGGUUAUUGAGCACCGUGUCAUUCAACUAUCAAAGUCAAAGGAUCUUUCGCCGUUAAUUACAAACCACUUGGAGAAAAAACUAAAGGAGACUCCUCAUCGCACUUACCUCUGGUUAUACCUUAUAUUUGAUUAUUUGGAGAAUAAAAUCUUCAAGAAGACACGACGGGCAGUUGAAGAACUUAUUAAAACACUCCCAAAAAGCGUUAAUGAAGCAUAUGAUCAAGUUCUUAACAAGUCUGGGCAACGUCUACUGGCUAAGAAGGCCUUAAGCAUUAUUUUAGCGGCCAGCCGACCACUUACAUUAUCGGAAAUGAAUGUUGCUAUGAAUAUAGAUGAAGCGGUACAAACUAUUUACGAUCUUGAUUUGGAAGACGAUGCUGCCUUCAAGUUACGGCUUAGGUCUUUAUGUGGAUUAUUCAUCUCAAUAUAUCAUGGCAAGAUUUAUUUUCUUCAUCAAACCGCUCGAGAGUUUCUCCUCGCAGAUUUACAAUUGCCUACAACUGUUUAUCACCCAUCAGAGCUGAAGUGGCACCAAUCUAUCACCACUCAAUACGCGCAGACAGUUCUUGCAGAGCUUUGUGUAAUCUAUCUUGACCUGUUGAACUCUGAUACUAGGCUUUCAACACAUGCAGAGAGACGAUUGAGAUACUCUGCUAACAGUGCCUUUUUGGAUUAUUCAGCUACAAAUUGGGGCGCUCAUUUCCGUCAAGCUUGCAUUACAUAUGAUGCUGCUAUUUUGCCUUCUGCAUUAAGAGUUUGCAAUCCAGAUUCAAUAAUCUUCUCAGUAUGGUAUGGCAUUUAUCGAAAAUCUACAGAUCAAAGCCCCCUCGGGAAUAUUACAGAUCUCAUGAUAGCAUCGCAUUAUGGCCAUACUGCCGUUGUGAAGCUGCUACUCGAUAAAGGAGCUAAGACUAAGGCAGGGGAGAAAUAUGGUGACACGCCGCUAAUGUGGGCCGCUUGUGGCGGGCAUGAAGCUGUGGUUAAGCUGCUGCUUGAUAAUGGAGCAGAGAUUGAGGCAAAGGAUGGACUUGGUGCGACGGCGCUAUUGAUAGCCGCUACCGGCGUAACCGCUGAGCGCGGGCGUGAAGCUAUUGUCAAGCUGCUGCUUGAUAAAGGAGCAGAUGUUGAGGCAAAGAGUAUCAGUGGCCAGACACCGCUAUCAUAUGCCACCAGGCUCGGGAACCAAACUAUAGUCAAGCUGCUGCUUGAUAAAGGAGCAGUGAAACCUAGAUAUUUAUGA